AAUUGUACGGCAACCCCACAAAACCGGCAGAAGCAAAAUAAAACAAAAAUAAACAAAUCAACAAAUUCAAUAACUACACCAAUGAUUUCAUCAUAAUGCUAGGAACCAAACAAGUUGUUCUUAAAUCCUUUGGUAAUAGAAAACCUGUUAGGAUCUCAUAUGGCAUUAUUGACAGUGAAUUCGGCGAUAUCGUAUUGGGUUUUCUAAAAGAUGCGAAUGACGCAAUUUGCUAUUUACACUUUGCUAAAGAUGAAGAUAAGGAAAAUAAAGUAAAUAAUUCUGAGGCUUCUUUGCAGAAACGUUGGCCGAACGCUUUGCUCGUAGAAGAUUUGGAUCAAGCGCGUACACUGGCCGCUAGAAUAUUUAGUGAGGAAGAAAUAAAGCUCAAUGUUAUGGUUUCUGGUACUCCUUUCCAAGAGGCAGUGUGGAGUGAAUUGUUAAAAAUACCCUCUGGCCAGACAUGUACAUAUGGAGAUAUUGCAAAUCGAAUUGGAAAACCGAAUGCAGUGCGUGCGGUAGGUACAGCUGUUGGCAGUAAUGAAAUAUCUAUUGUAAUACCUUGUCAUCGUGUGGUGUCGAAGAAUGGUGAUAUAAAAUAUGGUGGUGGGAGAACACGCAAAAUUCAUUUGCUGAAAUAUGAAUACGAAAAAUCACUAAUUGGAAAAUAAAUUGAAGUAUGCUGCUUUAAGUUGUUAUUCGGGAAACAUGUUAACUAAUGUAUUAUUUCAAAAUAUCAAUAAUUACAUGUAAUAUAAUAUUUCUUUGGUAAAGGUGUAAAUAGCAAUAAAAUUGUCCUAUUAUCCUCAUUGAAAAAA